AUGAUUUCAUAUAAAGCCUUUUUAGGGGCUUUAAUAGCUUUCAGCAGUUACACUGCUGCACAAGAUUCCGUUUCUGCAUCUGCCACUUGUGGUGUUAACGAGGGAACUGCUUCUUUCUCUUGUCACUCUGAUUGUGGUAAUGCAAUUGUUCAUGCUCGUGAUACUUGUGCCUAUGAUAAGGACUGUGUGUGUGACCCUGAUGGAACUUUCAUUCAGAAUAUGCCAAACUGUCUUGCUUGUGGUGCUACUCUAUGGCAAUGGUAUGGAUCUUAUCUUGAGCCUGCUCUGGAACUUUGCGAGAUGCAAACAACCCCUGACGGGUAUCUUCCUCCAUGUCCCGAAACCAGUACCGAAGAAUCCUCAUCAAGUUCUGUUGAAGAUGUUAUUUCUUCAAGCAUUGUUUCCUCUUCUGAAGUUGAAAGUUCUUCAACAGAAAUUGUUUCCUCUUCCAUCGAAUCGUCUACUGCUGAAAGUGCUGCUGCCUCAUCUUCAACUGAAAUACUUGCCUCUUCCACCGAAUCAUCAACUACCGAGAAUGUACUCUCUUCAAGUGAAUCAUCAACUUCAGUUGAAGUUUCUUCAUCCAUUGAUGUUGGAUCAUCUGUUGAAAUUUCAUCUGUUUCUUCUACUGACGAGGUUGUUGAAUCUAGUGGCCCAACUUGUGGUGUCAAUGAAGGAACUGCUUCUUUCUCUUGUCAUUCUGAUUGUGGUAAUGCAAUUGUCUAUGCUCGUGAUACUUGUGCCUAUGAUAAGGACUGUGUGUGUGACCCUGAUGGAACUUUCAUUCAGAAUAUGCCAAACUGUCUUGCUUGUGGUGCUACUCUAUGGCAAUGGUAUGGAUCUUAUCUUGAGCCUGCUCUGGAACUUUGCGAGAUGCAAACAACCCCUGACGGGUAUCUUCCUCCAUGUCCCGAAACCAGUACCGAAGAAUCCUCAUCAAGUUCUAUUGAAGAUGUUAUUUCUUCUGGCACUAUUUCCUCUUCUGAGAUUGAAAGCUCUUCAACAGAAAAUUCUUCUUCUUCCAUCGAACUAUCUUCAACUGAAAUAGUUACCUCUUCCACCGAAUCAUCAACUACCGAGGAUGUACUCUCUUCAAGUGAAUCAUCAACUUCAGUUGAAGUUUCUUCAUCCAUUGAUGUUGGAUCAUCUGUUGAAAUUUCAUCUGUUUCUUCUACUGACGAGGUUGUUGAAUCUAGUGGCCCAACUUGUGGUGUCAAUGAAGGAACUGCUUCUUUCUCUUGUCAUUCUGACUGUGGUAAUGCAAUUGUUCAUGCUCGUGAUACUUGUGCCUAUGAUAAGGACUGUGUGUGUGACCCUGAUGGAACUUUCAUUCAGAAUAUGCCAAACUGUCUUGCUUGUGGUGCUACUCUAUGGCAAUGGUAUGGAUCUUAUCUUGAGCCUGCUCUUGAACUUUGUGAAAUGCAAACCACCCCUGACGGGUAUCUUCCUCCAUGUCCCGAAACCAGUACCGAAGAAUCCUCAUCAAGUUCUGUUGAAGAUGUUAUUUCUUCAAGCAUUGUUUCCUCUUCUGAAGUUGAAAGUUCUUCAACAGAAAUUGUUUCCUCUUCCAUCGAAUCGUCUACUGCUGAAAGUGCUGCUGCCUCAUCUUCAACUGAAAUACUUGCCUCUUCCACCGAAUCAUCAACUACCGAGGAUGUACUCUCUUCAAGUGAAUCAUCAACUUCAGUUGAAGUUUCUUCAUCCAUUGAUGCUGGAUCAUCUGUUGAAAUUUCAUCUGUUUCUUCUACUGACGAGGUUGUUGAAUCUAGUGGCCCAACUUGUGGUGUCAAUGAAGGAACUGCUUCUUUCUCUUGUCAUUCUGAUUGUGGUAAUGCAAUUGUCUAUGCUCGUGAUACUUGUGCCUAUGAUAAGGACUGUGUGUGUGACCCUGAUGGAACUUUCAUUCAGAAUAUGCCAAACUGUCUUGCUUGUGGUGCUACUCUAUGGCAAUGGUAUGGAUCUUAUCUUGAGCCUGCUCUGGAACUUUGCGAGAUGCAAACAACCCCUGACGGGUAUCUUCCUCCAUGUCCCGAAACCAGUACCGAAGAAUCCUCAUCAAGUUCUGUCGAAGAUGUUAUUUCUUCUGGAACUAUUUCCUCUUCUGAGGUUGAAAGUUCUUCGACUAUAAUUGACGCCUCUUCGACUGCUGAAAGCGCUGUCUCAACUUCAGUUGAAGUUUCUUCUUCACCCAUUGAUGCUGGAUUAUCUGUUGAAAUUUCAUCUGUUUCUUCUACUGACAAUGAAGCCGAAUCAACUGGUUCCACUUGUGGCGUUAACGAAGGAACUGCUUCUUUCUCUUGUCACUCUGACUGUGGUAAUGCAAUUGUCUAUGCUCGUGAUACAUGUUCUUAUGAUAAGGACUGUGUUUGCAACCCUGAUGGUGCUUUCAUUCAGAAUAUGCCAAACUGUCUUGCUUGUGGUGCUACUCUAUGGCAAUGGUAUGGAUCUUAUCUUGAACCUGCUCUUGAACUUUGCGAGAUGCAAACAACCCCUGAUGGUUAUCUUCCUCCUUGCUCCGAAACCUCUAGUUCUUCAUCUGAAACUGGAGCUACUUCUGCCGAAGUUACUGCCUCUGAUGCUGGAGUAUCUAACGUUGAUUCAGUUAUCACUUCAACUUAUUCAUCUGACAAUGAAGCUGAAUCAACCGGUCCCACUUGUGGCGUUAACGAAGGAACCGCUUCUUUCUCUUGCCAUUCUGACUGUGGUAAUGCAAUUGUCUAUGCUCGUGAUACUUGUGCUUAUAAUAAGGACUGUGUUUGCAACCCUGAUGGUGCUUUCAUUCAGAAUAUGCCAAACUGUCUUGCUUGUGGUGCUACUCUAUGGCAAUGGUAUGGAUCUUAUCUUGAACCUGCUCUUGAACUUUGCGAGAUGCAAACAACCCCUGAUGGCUAUCUUCCUUCUUGCUCCAAAACCUCAACAGAAAGUGAUGAGAUUGUUACCAGUGAGUCUUUGGAUGUUGAGUCUGCCUCAAUAUCCUUAGCUCCUGUCAUUUCCUCUCCUACCAUCUCGGAGUCUGCAUCUUCUGUUGUUUCGGAAAGUGAAUCUUCUUCAACUCCCAUUGUUGACCCUAUAAUUCAAUCCAUUAUUGAUGCUAUUCUUCAAGCUUCAUUUAGUGCUGAUGCUUCUGAAAAGAUUUCCAUUUUUAUUCAAAUUUUUAUCGACGCAAUUGGCCAAGCCCUUAAUCAGCUUUAUGCUGUUCUCUUUGAUAGAAGAACUAUUCUUAAGCGUGCUUCAAGUAUUGAAGGUGCUAUUACAACAUUUAGUGUCUUCACAUCUACCCUUAAUCAGUGGUUUGCUGAAUCCUCUUAUGAUGAAUUCCUCCAGGGUAUUAGUCAAAUUCACACAUACGCCACACCUAGUGAAGUUGAGGCUAAUGUGAGAUCAGCUUUGGCAUCAACUUUAGAGGCCGCUCAAAGUACUAUCAAUGAUUUUAUCAGUCAGAGUGAGGAGUUUAAAACUGUCUCUGAAAAUUUCUAUGAUGCCUUUAACAAGCUUGUUGCUGAGGUCAUUGACGCAUUGUAUCCCGAUUCCACAAGUACAAGUUCAGCUGAAAUUUCUCCAGAGGCUUCUUCAUCUGCUGACGCGUCUGAGUCUGUUUCUGCAUCGGAGUCUGCUACUGUUUCUGCUGCCGAAUCUAAAUCUGAAUCUGUUGCCGCUGCUGAAUCUGAGUCUGAUGCCAAUAGUGCUUCCGCCGUCGAAUCUGAAUCUGCAGCAGCAGCAGCUUCUGCUGAAGCAUCAGAGUCUGCUGCUGUUUCUGAUGCUGAAUUUGAGUCUGCUGCUAUUUCUGCUGGUGUUUCUAAUGAUUCCAGAUUGGCUGCUGGUACAACAACUCUCAGAAAUACUGUCACUAAGUUCACCACUGUUGUCAAAACGCAGGGAACUGUUACUACUACUAUCACUGAGCCAUGCGAGACAACAACUGAGACUGUUGUAAUCGAACCUACCACCACAUAUACUAUCACUGAAACCUGCAAUGUUUGCAAGACUCACACUACAGUCGAAUCCGGUGUUACCACUAUCACUAAGACUUCAGGAACUGAGAUUGUUACUGUCACUGAGCCUUGUGAGACUACUUACACGGUUGUUGAGUCUCCUGUUACUUCUGAUUCAGUUGUCAAGACUGUCACCUCCACUAUUGUUAAGACAGUAUCUAGUUCAGAGAUCCCUGUUACCGUCACAGAAACUUGCAGUGUUUGCAAGACUCACACUACAGUCGAAUCCGGUGUUACCACUAUCACUAAGACUUCAGGAACUGAGAUUGUUACUGUCACUGAGCCUUGUGAGACUACUUACACUGUUGUUGAGUCUCCUGUUACUUCUGAUUCAGUUGUCAAGACUGUCACCUCCACUAUUGUUAAGACAGUAUCUAGUUCAGAGAUCCCUGUUACCGUCACAGAAACUUGCAGUGUUUGCAAGACUCACACUACAGUCGAAUCCGGUGUUACCACUAUCACUAAGACUUCAGGAACUGAGAUUGUUACUGUCACUGAGCCUUGUGAGACUACUUAUACUAUGGUUGAAUCUCCUGUUAGUUCCGAAUCAAUGGCUAAGACUAUCACUUCAACCAUUUCUAAAAUUGUUUCUGUUUCAUCAGCUCCCGAGGCAAGUAAACCAGCCACUGUUACAAAUGUUUGCACUGAUUGCAAGACACAGCUCACAACAGCUACCGGUGUUACUACACACACUAGCGUGUCCGAAGGUGCUACCGUUACUGUUACCGAACCAUGCGAAACCACGUAUGAAGUUGUUGAAUCGCCCUCUACAUCUGCUGGAUCGACCACCAUUAUUACAUUGACAUCUGUUAUUACUUCCAAAAUUGUCACUGUUACAUCAUCUGAUACAGUUGUCACUUCAGUUCCUCCUAGUAGUGUUACACCAGUUCUUUCUAGUAGUGCUUCACCAGUUCCUUCUGGUAGUGCUGCACCAGUUCCUUCUGAAGGAUCGUCCCAUAUACCCGAGGGUAGCACUGAGUCCUCUCAGUCCACACCUACCAAGUCUAUUCAGACAAUCGAACAGGCGCCGCCUGCUUCUUCGACCAAUCCAGUUAUUGAACAAGUCAACUCUGGUGUUUCGACGUCUGUUCAUAUGAUAACAUUGGUGUUGGGUGUUAUCACAGUUUUCUUUAUCUAA